GCCGCGACACGACGUCUGUUCUGUACGAAUCUUUUCAACGACCCAGAGGAUACAGGUCGCCGAGCCGCCACCACUCCGUACCGAUCGUGGUCUAUUCCGUACAUAUGUACAUACGUAUGGAUACAAUGAUCCAUCAACCACUGUGGAUAUGUCAGCAAUAGGUACUCCGUACCCCGCCGCCGUCCAGAUCUGUCACUGGAACAGCUUGCGACAUUCUCUCUCCACUGGCAAGACAUGCCCCGAAUCGCUCACUACAACUCCAGCUCAGCCCGCGUUGCUUCGUUGCCAAAUAGUUGCCGGUCACACUAGACUAGAACCCCCUUUGCUGCGAUGAAUGAGUAGCCAUGUGGGAUGGCCGCCGCCAUGGGAGGUUGCGCCGUCCUACGGUCUACCAGACCCAGAUCUCGGCGAAGCAAAAUCCCGUCUCGUCUGGUGGACCGUCUGGACUCCACGGCCGCCGACUUACACGGGUGACGGCCGAACCUCGACCAGGGCCAGGGCCAUUCCAGCUUGUCUUUCCCUGUCAUGCGGAUGCCCAGAAUUCAUGUUGGGCUGAACGACAGGGAUGUUGUCUUUUAGCCCCCCCUCCCCCUUGUUGGCGCCAUUUCCAGAAAAAUCGACCCCAAAUGUUGGUCUCCAUUCGAAAUGUGCAAUAGGCGCCAACACACGACGAAGCAAGUCAAGAGUCCGAACUACCUAGCACAAUGGAGUUGGAAUGCGAGCAAGUUGGCGCUUUGCUUGUCACAUUCGAGGUCGCAUCCCCGUUGACACUUGACUACACCGCCUUAUUGGUAUUCCCUCCAAAGUCUCGUUCUCCGUCCCACUCAACGAAGCCCGCCUCUUAUCAGAACCGCGCCCGGGCGGGAUAAUGCCUAUACCAGUCAUGGUGCAGCGGUGCUGACACUGUCAGUCGCCUCCUGAGCCAGUUAGAAAAGUCGGAAUGGGAGAGACCAACAACACCUGUUGCCCACCCGACCCAGGCAUGUCAAGUCAAUUACAUCCUCUCAAGCAUAUGGAUCAUGAUGACCGCAUCUACAGAGUAUCAGCGUCCAUCAAGCCUGGAAAGUCGCUUUCUCCACCCGUGGGCGCAUCCAUGGCCACCCCAUCCGCGCCCGCUUCUGCAACACCGCUUAAGCUCAAAGCGUUUUCCCAGCUUGGAAGACGACCAGUCGAAGUUGUUAACCACACACCUAUCGAUGCGCCUUGCGGCAAAUCUAAGCAAAGGCUUUUCGCCAUCGUGACUAUGCUAGAGCAUUUGAGAACCUGGUUAGUGCAAUUGUGUUUUCGGGGCUCUCUCGCUUAUUUCACGAAGGAGGCUGACUGAGAAUGUAGAAGGCACUCUGAAAACGGGCCCUCCUAGGCGAGCGUCUUUUGUUCCACGCGCAAUCCCAGGAUUUCGUUUUCGCACACCUCCUCUCUUGGUACACACCCUUACAUCCACGACCCCUUCAUCAUCUCAUUCCUUACAACCUUCUAAGCGGGACCAGAUCUGGCGAUACGGUUCAACUAUCCCCAUAUUGUCUCGUCUCCCGCGACACGGCGCAUCAAGCAUCGUGUCUAUAUAUAUGAUACUCUAUCCUGCCCAGCUUGCACGCCAAUCCUCCCACCCCACCAGCGCUCUGUUUUGGUCUAUGAUCCUCAUACCGUCCUAGAUCCUUAUUCAUUCCCCUUGGAUCCUAGGCCCCUCACGAAGGACUUCCUUUGUCAAACUCAAGCGACAACAAGGCUAUUGUCUCCGGGAACACGGCGCAUAAAUAGCCUCCGUUUGUCUCAACCCUCGUCCAUUACGACUUGCAUCUGCCAAGUAAGGGGACGGCACCUCAACCCACCUCAACCCAUCUCAGCUUGCAGCCCCUUGGACACUUCGUAAUCGACCUGUUCUGUAAGUCCGCUGUCAUUUACAACUACCUACUGGGUGAUGCCGCUGCCAGUGAUGCGUGGGAACCAUUCAAAUUCGCCCGAUGGUUUCAGAGCUUGCGGCGCAAUGAGCCUCGCGUCACCCUAGCGCGCGGCAUCCACUCGAAAUAGCACCAUAAAAGGGAUCAAGCACUUACACGUCGAUCAUGUAGACAAACCUCCGCCAAUCUCUCUCUCCCUCUCUCUCCCUCACUCACUCGAGGCUCGCCCUCACUCUUGUCCUCUCUUCGGCCACCCUCCUUGACACACUCAAAGCAGUCGGUUCAGCCCGGAUCAUUAUUCGGCAGCUUUCCCUCCCGACUUACGGCAGAUGCGGCGGCCGAGGCCCACCUUCACAUCCCCCUAGUCGCUUAUGUCCAGCAGCGCCAUUUCAUUACUCGCAAGCCACUGCUAGGUCUUGGCCAGGGCCACCAGACACAGGCAUACCCCAGACGUACAACCACCUGGCACCACACCGCAUCCGAAGUCCAUCGGCGAAGGUACCUCUACCUCUGCUGAAGGCUGACAGACCCCCUUUACGACCUUCCUUAAGCCUACACACUCACUUCCCAAUAAUCAGCCGGCCUGUCUUUAAGCAACCAUGCCCGCUCUCACUCAUGCUGAGCUUGCCUUGGGCGAGCCGCGUUCAACUGGUCGUUCUUACCACCACCUUUCUUUCUCUCAUCUCUGCACUGGUCUUCUAAUACUUACCGUCCUGGUCACCUUACGCUUGGUGGUAUGUGGUGCUUUCUGGACUACGGCGAGCAACAAGUUCAGAAAGUCUCAAGAACACGAUCAACACGCCAAAAGCCAGCUUGAUCACUUGAUCAACCAGCAACGGCUCCAUCAUCUCUUCGUCCAAGACGGGGGCUGGGUCAUGGAAGAAAAGUCACGUGGGGUCAGCAGUAACACCCUAGUUGCUGGGGCUGAGUCGACUAGGAAGAUCAGUCCGCAGGACGGCUUCAUGAGGGGAAAUGAGAAAGAGUCGGUUGAAGGUACAGAGAAGAGGAGUAGCGGCGAUGUGAUGUUUGCGGACCACAUCCUUCGAAUGGGGAAAGCCUCGGGUCAAUCUUCCGCCCAGUUCAUGUUGUCGAGACCUCCGCAGCCUCCUCCUCUCACGCCCCCGGAACUUUCGCCAUCUGUUUUCACCUAUGAUGAGCGCAGAAGGAGCUUCACCAGUGGUGUGUCUGAGCUAGAUGCAUCGUUUUUCGAGCAGCCAAACCCCGACUAUAUGUCAUCAACAUCAACCGGCGCUUCGACAGCAACGCAGGAGGCGCAAACUACGAGGUCCUCCCCAGCACCCCGCAGGAGAUCUUACACCAAGAUGCUCCCCAUUGGAAUCCCUUCUCAGCCAUCGGCCCCAAUACUCGACGAUGAAGCCGGCAUGGUCUUUUCCCCUUCGUCGUACCCCCCUACGUCACCUCUACUUCCCGGCCCUCCCCCUAUCUACGGUGAAAUCCGUUAUGACGAAGCCACUCAGCAAGAGGUUCUCGUGCGAGGUGAGAUCAUCUCCUCUAUGGACGGUUCGGGGGCCGGGUGGAAGAGGCAUACGAGAGUCUACGGAGGCGGCGUCUGCCUUGCCUGCGCAGCAUCCGGUGAUGAUGGCCAUCACCAUGGCGGCUUCUACGGAGAGAAUGUCCUGCCAGAAGAGAAGCGCUACUGAAGAACGAAACAAAACCGAACUUGAAAUGAGUCGAAACGAAAGAAGAGAGUGGUCUAAUCAGGGUCGAUGAUACCAUUGGGACGGGUCCUUUUUCUCUGGGACGUAAAGUGGCGAUAGACGCAAGCGGCGCUUCAUCAGCAUCACGGCAGCGGCACAAAAUGGGUUUGGUAUACCAUCUCAUCGGGGAGGUCUCUUCUUUUCAUCCAUCAUUUUACAGCAUAUUUCACUGUCAACUCUUGGUUUCUUUCGAACAUCAUGGUCUUGGGGCUUGUCUGUUCGGUAUGUUGUUGAAAGCUAUCUUGUUACAUCUUGGGUUACCGGAUACUCUGGAGAAUGGAAGAGGGGGG